AUUAGAGGUAUCUGUAUAUACAUAGGUUAUGAUAUAAAUAUGGAAAUCGAGCACAUGGAUCGUGCAAGAUUUGUACCCAUCUACUCUAUCGUAUGUUACGUUAAAAACGUUUGUAGAUCGUGUUAUUAGAUAUUAGUGAAUUUAAAUAACAGUGAAAUAAAACAUAUUAAAACCAUGGAUGAAUUAUUGAGCGAUAAACGGUUUGCCCACAUUGCAAGGGAUCCUAAAUUUAAAAGGAUCCCUAAAACAGAACGAAAAGUGAAAAUAGACAAAAGAUUUCAAAGUAUGUUUAACGAUAAAAAAUUUACUGUUCAGUAUACCAUUGAUAAGCGAGGCAGACCUAUCAAUCAAACAUCAUCUGAAAAUCUCAGAAAAUAUUAUGAUUUGCCAAGCAGCGAAGAUGAGGAAGAUCAAGAAGAAACUGAUACAUCUAAAUUAAAAAAAAUUAGUCCUACAAAACAUGAUGUUGAUACAAAUAAUAAAGAUGAAGAUGAUGAUUCGCCAGACAAUUGUUUUUCAAGCAAUGGAGAAUUGCUUCGAAUUAAACCAAAAGAAGAAUCAAAUGUAGAUUCUGAGGAACACAGCGAGUCCAAAUCAGAGUCUGAUUCUGAUGCAAAGAGUAUAACAAAUAGUUUGAAAGCAGAUUUGAAAGCAAGUGAAAAACAAUUGAAAAUUAGGAGGCAAAAUGAAUCUAACAAUCUGACAAAUAAAAUUAAAGAAAAAUUAAGGGAUUUAAGUGUAAAUUAUGCCAGGGGUGAAGGAGUUUUGUUAACAGAUAGCUCUUCUGAUGAAGAAAGUUCAGAUAUUUCUGAUGAAGAAGAGAUUGAACAUAAUUGGGGUGAAUUAGACAAAGAGGCAGAGACAACAGAUCAAAUUACACGUCGAUUAGCAGUGUGUAAUAUGGAUUGGGAUAGAAUACGUGCUGUAGAUUUGAUGGUCUUAUUCAAUUCAUUUUUACCAAGUGGAGGUGUUAUUUGUUCAGUUAUGAUUUAUCCAUCAGAAUUUGGUCUGCAACGCAUGAAAGAAGAAGAAAUUGCUGGCCCAAAAGAAUUAACUCAAACAAAUAGUGAGAGAGAAAUUAAUGAUGAAAAUGAUGAUGAAGAAGGAUCAACAUAUCAUAUGGAGAAAUUAAGACAAUAUCAAUUGAAUAGAUUAAAGUAUUACUAUGCUGUUGUUGAGUUUGAUUCUGCUGAAACAGCAAAUAAAGUUUAUACAGAGUGUGAUGGCACAGAAUAUGAAUCCACAGCAACAAAAUUAGAUCUUAGAUUUAUACCAGAUGAUAUGGAGUUUGAUCGGACUCCUAAAGAAACCUGUAACGAGAUGCCGCAAUUUACGAAAUACCAACCAAGGCAGUUCACAACUACAGCCCUACAACAAGUUAAAGUGGACUUAACAUGGGAUGAGACGAAUCCAGAAAGGCUAGAGAUUGCACAAAAAUUAAAUUCUGGGAAACUUGAUCAAAUCAACAGGAACGAUUUACAAGCUUAUUUAGCUACCGAUUCAAGCGGCGAUGAAUCAGCAGAGGAUAAAGAAGCAAAGAAAGAAAGUCAAGAAAGUAAAAAUGAUUCCGACGCGGAAACAAAUGCAGAUCCAAUUAAAAAAUAUACAGCUUUGUUGAACGAGAUAGCGGAACAGGAACAAGCAAAACAAAUGAAGGACGUUGGAUUGGAAUUCACAUGGGGUAUAGGAACAAAAGAGAAAGCUGAGAAACUGGUAAAGGAAAGAAUGAAGAAGAACGAAAAUCUAACGCCAUUUGAGCAAUAUUUGGAGAAACGUAAAGAAAAGAAAAAAGCUAAACGCAAUGAGCGAAAGAAUCGUCAAAACGCAGAUAACGACGCGUCUACAAAUUCUGAGGAUUCUGGAAUGUCUGAUUCGGAUGCAAACGAAACUGACAGAAAAAAUACAAAUAACAAAUUAUCGUCUUCCACAAGGAGAAAAGUUAUGAAACAUGGUAGUCUGGCUCCGUCGGACGAUGAAGACGAAGCACGACGUAAAGCCGAGUUAGAACUUCUUCUAAUGGAUGAAGAAGAUGGUGAUGGUAAACAACAUUUCAAUAUGAAAAAGAUCGAAGAAAAUGCCACGAUGACGAAAUCUAAACAAAAGCGACUUAAUAAAAAGAAGAAUGGACAGGAUCAAAUAGUGGAAGACAAUUUUGAAGUGAAUGUACAAGAUUCAAGGUUCAAUGCAUUGUUUACUUCGCAUCAUUUCAAUAUCGAUCCAGCAGAUCCACAUUACAGAAAAACGAAGGGCACAGAAGCUCUAAUCAAAGAAAAAUUAAAAAGAAGAGUCGAUGAUACUUCCGUCGAUGAAAGCCAAACCAAGCAACCGAAGUUGAAGCCUAAUAUGGAACUACAAUCAUUAAUUAAAUCAGUGAAGAAAAACACAAAAAAUAUUUCACGACCAAUAAAGUGAUUGUUCUAUACGUGACUUUCGUUU